CGAGGUGGAAGAAGGCGUUGGAGGGGGGGAGUCUUCUUUCCCUUCGGACGGCGCUGAUUGGGCCUCCGGAAUCCGGGCGCUGAUUGGCCGCGUGGGCGAGGCGGAGGGGCCGUGCGCAACGGCGUGUGUGGGGCCGUGUGCAGAUCCGCGUGUGGCGCAGGCUAGGACCCCGAAAAUAAACAGCCGCUACCACCGCUGCUGUCCCUCUACUCUUCUCGGGAACUGAAGCGUCCGAACCCGCUACCGCCGCGGGCCCUCUCCGACGUCUUAGAAGAUCUUAAGUGCAACAAUGAGCAGCAACGAGUGUUUCAAGUGUGGACGCUCUGGCCAUUGGGCCCGAGAAUGCCCGACUGGAGGAGGCCGUGGCCGAGGAAUGCGGAGCCGUGGAAGAGGUGGUUUUACCUCAGCGCGAGGUUUCCAGUUUGUUUCUUCAUCUCUUCCAGACAUCUGUUACCGUUGUGGUGAGUCUGGUCAUCUUGCCAAGGAUUGUGAUCUUCAGGAGGAUGAAGCCUGCUAUAACUGCGGUAGAGGUGGCCACAUUGCCAAGGACUGCAAGGAACCGAAGCGGGAGAGAGAGCAGUGCUGCUACAACUGUGGCAAACCCGGCCACUUGGCUCGCGACUGUGACCAUGCAGAUGAGCAGAAGUGCUAUUCAUGUGGAGAGUUUGGGCACAUUCAGAAAGAUUGCACCAAAGUGAAAUGCUAUAGGUGGUAGGUCAAGAACUUCACUCGUGCCCCAAAGAAUUAAUGUGACCUUCAGCAACGAAAGGCUUCGGUGAUGGAAUUAACUUACUGACUUGACGAAUUGGUUACAUCUAAGGCAAAUAAUGCACCAAGGACUCAUGAUAGGUUUGUGCUUUCAGGAACCCAAUUCAGCAUUAGAAAAUGAGACCUCUGGAUCAACAGAGUACUUCAAUUUGGCACCUUUCAAAACAUAUUCACUUAAAAUUUAAAAAAUAUAGGGGUUUGGAUCAGAUUUUUUUUUUUUUUUUUUUUUUGGGGGGGGGGAAAUACUUCGCUUGCGGGGAUCUCUUAAUUACAGGUGUGCUGGCAAUCUUAAACUACCCCAAAUCUGUCUUGAAAGGCAUUUUGUGCCAAAAGAACUAUAUUUGUAUAUCUCAGUCUUCCGGUUUGGGAGGAGGUAUGGAAUAGAUCUUCUCUGGCUGCCUUUUCUUUUUGACUUUGCAGCUGCUUUGUAACUAUUCCUUAAGCUAUCUUCUUACUAUUUCCUGCCCUGGAAUAGUUUUCUUAGCUGAGUUCUUUGUAUAUUGCUUUUCUUUGAUUGCCAACUCCCUCUGCCCCAUCUUUCAUAUUACCCUCCACCCCCCAAAUUUUUUUUUUUUUUCAGAAUGUGGCUACUUUGAACAUUAUUCCAAGAUGAAAAAAAAAAUUACUCAUGCAAUUCUUUUGAGAAAAGACAUUAAAAAGUCCAAAGUUGGAUGGUAAAAAAUAAAAGGCAAAUGUUAGCUUUCUAAUUGCAAAAUGCUCCCUGUGCCUUAGGACUAAGAUUUUAUGGAUAGAAAUGAAAUUUAAAUAUUGCAUUGAAAAUUUUUCUCAAAAAUUCAGAAUAUCCUUCUGUGUGAGUACUAUAGAUCAGAGUUGACGCAGAAGGCAAAUUAAGCUUCAUGUGAACAUACUCCAGGAACAAAUUUUUUUAACUUUUUUUUUUUUGAAUCCAUGUACAAAUCUUGAUGAAAUAAAUCCUUUAUAAUUCAGGUUUGUGCUAUAUAACAAAGAUGUUAAUUAAUGUUUUACAUAUAACUGAGAAAGUAAUUAUACCACCCAUGAAAUUAAAAAAAAGUUUAAAAAUAAUUUAAAUGCAUGAUGUUUUGUGGUAGUAACUAUUCAAUAGGAAUUUAAUGACAUGUUAACAAUUGUAUUUCUUUACUUGAAAUUUGGUCCCAGGAAAGUUUUAAGGUUAUGCCCACUUGUUAGACUGGGUGGAUUAUAUAUGUUUUCUAUUGUUGCCACAGAAAGUUGCUGGAAAAAUUUAAUAUUUUAUUUUCUCAUUAAGGCAAUGCUGAAGAACUUUGCAGCAAAUAGUGAUAAUAGUAUAUCCUAAAAACAAAGUUGUAGUCAUGCUUUAUAGAUACAAUUAUUGGUCCCUGAAAAAGAUUAAGAUUUUUUUAAUAACAAAGAUUACCAAUAAUAAACAUUAUUAGUAAUAAACAUAAUUACUAAAGAUAGUAAUAUGUUCCCGUGCCUAAAGAUGGAAAUAAGCAUGAUCUACAUUGAUUAUCCAGGGAAUUCUAAAUAGAGAUUUAAGUAUGCAUUGAUGUUUUGAUUGCUGUUGCCAACUUUUUUAAACUUAAAAUGAUAGCUUUAGUUUUCCUUGCUUUGGAAAAAAGUCCUUGUAAAGGUUAGUUGUAUGACCCUGGCAAUUUUAACUGAUGCAUUUCACUAUGUUGACCUUGAAAAUCAUUUCACUGUCUAAAUAGUUCAUUUCAAAUUGCUUGUUAAAUAUUUGUGGAUGGUAUUCCACAAAAUUUUAAAAGAAUUUUAAUUUGACCAAAUUUGGUAUCAUCAGAAAAGUGCUGUUUAACAUGAGCUCAUAUUGUUUUGCUAUAGCCAAGUCUGUACCAGCUUUCAGAGGAAGCCUGCAGAAAGAAAAAUGUUGUGUAGACAAUUUUGUAUUUGAUGAUACGUCAUGUUAAUUCUCUUGAAUAGAGACCAAAAGGCCUGUAAUAACUUAAUCCAUCCUAAAACUAGUCCAAUCCUGUUUUUCUGAUAGGGAAAUAAUCUCAGCCUGGUUAGCUGAUUUAUUUGCUCAAAGCCUUUGGAGCCCUCUGGAUUAGAAAAGAUGAGCAUUCUAUCACUGUUUUGCAUUGUUUAAAAUUUGGACCAUGGACUUCAGCUAACAUUUAUCUUAAACUUGAUUCUCACAGUCCAUGUAUUUGUGACUUUUGACAUGAAAGGAGUAUAUUGCCAGAGACAUGAAGGCUUGUGUGUAUGCAGGGUCUUAUUUUCUUAAGUAUGCUGAAAGUCUCAGUGUAUCUAUAAAUACUUUUUUUACUUUUAAAAAAAGUUUUUGAGUAUUAAUUGUACAUGGCCCCUGAAGGAAAAAAUACUGGCAUGUUACAUUAAAUGGCAGUGAGUUAGCCUCAUUAUUCAGUAACUUAGAGAUACAUUACAAUAAAAGUCCCAACCAAAAGAACUCUGCCCAAAAAUGAACAACCAUUGUAAUAGUUGUAUUAGUAUCCAUUGGUUAAGAAAAGACUUCUGACACUACCAAUGCCUCUGUGUCUUAUUAUAAUAUCUUUGGAUGUUGGAUAUGUUUGUGCAAUUCAGAUUGUAACCUAUUGAUUGAUAACUUUCUCAUCCUGUGUACUAUAUGUCCAUGCAUUCCUUUCAGUCCUCCACAGGACGUCCACCCAUGUCCUGGAGACGUUAGAUAGAUGGCUUUCAUUACUACAUAUGGCUUUUGAUUGCUCUUAAGAUUGACCCAUCCCUUUUCUGGUCAUAUCUCUUGAUACUUGGUUUGUGUGUGCAAUGUCGUUGGUCACAUACUGAAGCCUGUUCAGGAAAGGCCACCAAGCAUUUCCUUAGUGCCCUUUGGGUGACCAGUAAUUGAUACCUCAGGGAUUGUGGUAAUUCAUUAUUUACAUCCAAAUAGCAUUGCCAGAAGAAAGAAUAUACAUGUUUUGUUGUUUUUUUAAGUGAGAUUUUGUAUAAAGAGAAUGGUUGUUAAAAGUGCUGCCCAUUUUCUGAAAGGCAAAACAAGUGCCUUCUUCAAUUCUUAGCCCAACUCAUUGUUCAUCUGCAGUUCCAUCAGCAGCAGUUGUGUGGGGCGUCCAUCUAAUUGCAUGUCAAAGAUGGAAUGUCUACAUGAUUAUCCUGCAGGGGUAGUUAGGCCAAAAUUGAGUAGUUGUAGAUUUCACUUAGCAAAGUGCGAUAAUUUCCAUUUGCAAACAGCAUCCUUGGGGAGCAGCAUACAUUUUCCUGUUUUAUGUCUAUUGGUAAUAAUCAGAGGAGCAUAAAGUUAUCUCUGAGAAACAAAUCUUAUAUGCUCUAACCCACAUGUGUGAUGUUUGGAAUGGAAACUUAAGGGCUGGCUGUUCUACCAAGUAAAGUUGCCACUUCAUCCUUGCACCACCUGAAUUGUAUGAUUGAAGAUGUGGUCUCUGCUAGAACAUGACUCUUGAGUCUAGCUGUUGUGAUAUUUUCCUCAAUAGGUAUCCUGGAUGUGUGUAUAAGUUGUCUCAAAAGAUUUUGUAGAGACAAGAAAGGAUGAGUUGGUUAUAUUUUCACUAUCACCUGGUUUUUGUUUUUUGUUUUUUUUUUGGCAGUUAUGUAUUUUUUUUUUAAUCAUUAUUUUUCCUUGCUUGAGAUGUCUUGAAUCAUUUUUAUGCCCUAAUAAUUGUACAAGUUGCCUUCAGCACAGAUAACUUCUGUGUAUAUUGGCCUGUUACAUUAUCUAUAAUCCAUCAAAUGGCAUUCCUUAAUUGUUAAUAAAGUUGUCAAACUUUCUAUACACCAAUUUUUUUCUAUGGCCUCUCACUAUUCUAAGAUGUUUACCAUCCUGCAACACAAGAUUUUGUUAGAUCAGUUUGUGCUUACAAAUUGUUGUGUCCCUAAGCUACAAUUUUUUGAUCGACAAAGGAGGACUAGAAGCUGCCUGAAGCAGUUUUCAAGUUCAGCAAUUAAAUGGUGCUGGUCUAUGUUGAUAUAUUUUGUUAUAUUACAGUGUAAAAUGCUUAUUUAAGUAGGUUAGGUUAGUUAUUUUUAUUGGGAUCUUCUCAUUUUUUAUUCUCAGUAGCUGCCAUUUUUUGAUACAUUUUCUGACAGCUAUUAUGUUCACUUUUGCAUUGAAAUCUAGUAUUUAUACAUUUGUUUAAUUUGGAAGGUCUUAAAUCAGUCAUUUCUCUACCAUCUCCUUUUAAACAAAGUAUAAGUUUUUUUUGCUUGUCCAUGAGUCUCUGGCAAGUGAGAUCACCAAAAGUAUGCCAAGAAAUUGUUUCUUCUUUUGGGAUACAUUAUGAAGCUAUCUCUGCAAUUUUUUUUUAAUCUUAGUUUUAGCUCCCAGUUUUAUUUACAAGAAUUUCAAUGUUGAUGUGAUUCUCCCCUUCUUCCCCCAGUUUUUCACAUAAUAGGUAGUCUUGAUAAUAGGACUAGUGUCCCACUUUUAAUAACAAAAGUUAAAUCAAUGUUUAUAGAUAACCCCACCUUUUUUCUUUCCCAUCGUUCUUGUUAAUGUCCCUAAAGGAACAAAUGAGGGCAAAAGAAUUGAGUCUCUUUGUAUUUUUCAUGGUGGAACCUAUUAUAGCUCAUUUGCUUUAAGGCUGUUGUAAAACACGUCAGUGGGAAAAUACAUGAUCAUAAAAAGUUUAUGAAUCCGAUAACACUUUCAAAAUUAAUUUGCAUUUUAUUAAUCAACAUCUGUGUAACUUUCCUAAGUAAUAACAUUGUAAAAGAUAUGUUCAUCAUACAGAAGAUGUGUUUGCUGCUUAUACUGGUCACCCGCUUAUUUUGUUGGAAAUAAAGAUGAAAGUGAUAA